GAAUAUUGACAUCACCAAGGAACCUGUCCAUUCUCCAAACUAAAGAGAAACAGUCAUGAUGAACAUUGUGUUACUGAUUGUCUGCAAUGUACUGCUAACCAGUUCUCAAGAGAACCGUCCAGUUGAAGAAAGGCAGAACUAUUCAUCAUAUUCCCUGACUUCUGUUCCACGCAGUUUGCCACUCUAUACAGUUUUAUUGGACGUGUCCGACAACAAUAUAAGCCAACUGAAAAGGGAUGACUUUUCUGAAAUGCCUGCCUUAAAGUUCCUUAAUUUAUCACACAAUAAUAUAAAAGAGAUCAGUGAUGACAUUUUUAAAUCCAAUAUGAAACUGGAAUAUCUUAAUCUGUCCCAUAAUGAGCUUUAUAAUAUUUCCUGUGGUUUUUUAGUUCAUGUUACUGAGCUUAAGGUUUUGGAUAUUUCCAACAACAAAUUUGCUCUAAUGACUCUUGGUAGUGUCUUUGGCUCCAUGGAAAAGCUGGAAUAUUUAAGUCUGAGUGCUGAAACACUGCAAAGACAUGAACUAAAGCAUAUCAAAAGUGUCUGGCUGAAAAAAGUUUUUCUGGGAUUUAACAACCUCCUUGACAAUGAAUAUGAAAAAACAGACACAAUUACCAUUGUUUUAAAAAGCAAAUACUGUAUUGACUAUUUCAAUGAUAAGACGGAUUGUUAUGUUGGAUUUGCCUUACGUCAACGCAAAGCAAAUUUUAAGGUGACAAGUCUAACUUUAAUAGAUGUUAGGUUGUCUUGGCAAUAUCUUAUCAAUCAAACACUGCAACCAUCAAUUAAACAUCUUAAUGUGCAUAAUCUAAAUAUUACAGGAAAGAUUAUUCCCACUAAUAUAACAAAAAACACCUCUCUGGAGACAUUAAAAAUAAACAGAGGAACAAUAUCUACAUUUAUUUUUCUUCAAAAUGAUCUUUACAAUUUUUUUAUCAACAGGGUGAUAAAGAACCUUACCAUAGACAACACUCCCAUUGUACACAUGACCUGUCCCUAUAAAACCAGCACACUUAAACAGUUAGACUUCUCCAGCAAUGCAUUUUCUGACGGUGUGUUUUCCAGUACUAGAGAGCCCAUCUGUAAAACGCUGACCAACCUGAACACGCUCAUUUUAAUGGGAAAUAAACUGGAGAAGCUUCACCAAUUGAGUGUCACAACAAAAUACAUGAAGGCAUUAAAAUAUCUGGAUGCUAGCACCAACUCACUGACAUAUGAGUUUGGGGAUUGUACCUGGACUGAGAGUAUAAUUGCCCUAAAUGUAUCAUCAAAUAGCUUGGAUCAUUUAGUUUUCAAAUGUUUACCCCGAAACACACAAAUCCUGGAUCUACAGAACAACCAAAUAGCCAGUGUCCCCGAAGACAUGGUUCACCUUGAGGCUUUGAAAGAACUUUACCUAGGGUCAAACAGGUUGCUUGACAUACCAGACUGCAACAGUUUUAGAAAACUUGAAAUGCUCUUUAUAGAUGCUAAUUCUCUCCAUACCCCAUCAAUCCAUUUCCUCAGUAGCUGCAAGAACCUACGAGUUUUUCAUGCCGGCAAUAAUCCAUUCAUGUGCACAUGCAGUUUGAGGGAUUUUGCCAAGAUUAAAGAACAAUCAAGAAUUGAAUUCAUUGGAUGGCCGGAUGCCUAUAGCUGCAGCUACCCAGAAGCCUUCAGAGGAAUAUCUCUGAAGGACUUCCAUGUUCCUGAAAUGUCGUGCAAUUUGACCCUUCUACUUGUCACUAUUCUCUGCCCCAUGAUAGUGAUAACCAUUGCAAUUGCAGUGCUCUGCAUACACUGUGAUGCACUCUGGUAUAUGAGAAUGAUGUGGCAGUGGACCCAAACAAAGCGGAGAGUGAAGGCAAACAGAUGUCAGAAAACUCCAGAAGGUCUGAUGUAUAAUGCAUUUGUGUCCUACAGCCAGCUUGAUUCCAUUUGGGUAAAGGAGUACCUUUUACCCAACCUAGAAGAAGACAAGUCUGUUCAAAUAUGUCUGCACGAGAGAGAUUUCAUACCGGGGAAAAGUAUAAUUGAAAAUAUAAUCAGCUGCAUCGAAAAAAGCUACAAGUCCAUCUUUGUUUUAUCCCCAAAUUUCAUACAGAGUGAGUGGUGCCACUAUGAACUCUACUUUGCACACCACCAACUUCUAACUGCAAACUCGGAUCAUUUAAUCUUGAUUCUACUGGAGCCUAUCUCCCAGUACAUGAUUCCUUCCAAGUAUUACAAACUGAAAGCUCUGAUGGCCAAGAGGACCUACUUUAAGUGGCCAAAGGACAAAAACAAACAUAAGCUGUUCUGGGCCCAUCUGAGAGCAGCAAUCCAGAUACACCUGGCAGGAGCAGCAGAGGACACAGCUGAAAGUAAGCUGUGAUACUUCAAUAACAAUAUCCAUAGACAUGCUCAUUGUACAAUGUACUCGCUCAAUGCAAACACAAUGAACAGAAAUGAAAGAACAAAAAGUACUGCGCAUUUCUUGCCAUUUAUUUCUAUUUUGUUUCUUUUUGUCAUAAAGAAACACAAAGGCACUCUUCAACCAUGAAUGAAAAUAGGGUAGUCAGUAUUGCAGCAUAGACCUCUACAUGUUGUAACAAACCCUAACAUAGAUUGCUGUCACCCCAGUAAUACAGUAGUUACCGAACUGUAUGUCUAGUACUGUUGCCCCUUUAAGUUAUUGGUGAUUCCAAAGGUUUAUGGGAGGUUCAAAUAGUUGGCAGAAUAUCGGCUUGCACCAGGAGGGUAGAUAUUGACUGACAUGAUUGGAAGUUCGACAGCCAACACCCACCCACUAAUCCACCCUCCCAUCUACCCUCCCAAUCCCC